UCUUAUUUUUUCCGCCGUUUUUUUUUUCUGGUUGCAGACCAAGUUUCUUGUGCAUUUUGGUUAUUACAUUCGGACCUUCACGACAUCAGGGUGACUUCGGUUCUUGAAUAUAUGUCCUCUAUGAUUGCAAAUAUAGAACCAAUAACUCAAUCAUUGAAUGGACAGCAAGGCAAUUCCGAUGACUUUGCUAUGCUUGAUCAGAAUUCUAAGAAAGGGAAGCUUCAUGUUCGCUUAAAGCGUAGCAGAAAUGGACGUGUCAGGCUUGUGUGUGAAGAGUUCCGUAUUGAGCAAUCGAGCAUUAAAUUUACUCAUGUCUCUGGUGAUGGUGGAGCUAUUACUCAGAGUCUUGUGCCUAAGGUGCAAUUUAAUCUACAGCUUUCAGAGAAGGAAAGAAUUGAACGGUCAAGAGUAGUACUUCCAUUUGAGCACCAAGGAAAUGGUAAACCGAUCGAAAUCUAUGAUGGUAGGCGGUCUCCCAACGAGAAUAAAAUUGAGACAACCUCAAAUUCUACAGAGAAAUUGCACACGACCGGGGGUUCUGGCAAGGGUGAGAUUAUCUAUUUUCGCGAUUCAGAUGAUGAGAUGCCCGAUUCCGACGAGGACCCAGAUGAUGAUUUGGAUAUAUGA